AUGUUCAGUUUCUAUCAAAAGUAUCGUUUGAGGAUUUUGAAAACAACAUAUGUUUUGCUCAUAUUGGCAAUGUUUAAGAGUCUGCAAGCGCGGCCGAAAAAUCCCAACGAUCAAGAACCAUACGAUCAAUUGUCAUUGAAACGCAGUCGUGCCAAAACAAGCUCAUCAGCAAGUUCUGCAACUACGGCAGAAACGGAGCUUGCAUUAUCAUCACAAGUCCAAACUCAACCGCUUUCCGAUUCCAGUGACGUUUCACAACUCGAAGAAGAAAAUAACAGCCCGAAAACGGUACCGCCGUCAUCUAGUGCGCAUUUUUUGUUCCGUAUUCUGAUCAGAGACCGCAAAUGCGUGGCUUUAUUUUUGUUCCAGGCGGCUCUUUUGGUCGUGCGUACAGUUUUAUCGCUGCGUGUGGCCACAUUGGACGGGCUUUUGGUGUCUAGGCUCGUUAAGGCCGAAUACCGCAAGUUUCUACAGGUGUUGCUUGGACAAUGGAUGGUCUUGGGUAUUCCCGCCAGUCUAAUAAACUCUUUCAUUCAUUAUAACACACGUUUGUGUGCGGUUACGGUUAACCGAAUCGUUUCCAAACACCUGCUUGAUCGCUACAUGUCGUCCCAUCACACAUUCUACACGGUCAACAAUAUCCCACAGGGAGGCCUUUCCAAAGUUGCAGCAUACAAAGCGUCCGCUGGCGUCAGUGAAGACACCGAAGAGUUGGCGCGAUCCGAUCUUUCUGUGGAGUACUUGACUCGGGACGUGGGCGCUUUCUCUUACAAUUUGUCUGUGCUCUUAAACCAGCUUUUGAAGCCCACUUUAGAUCUACUACUCUGUUCCUUUAAAUUGCUGUCUAGCACCGGCAACGGGAUGAUGGGCGAAGGAACUCUGGUGCUUGGUAUCAUAGUCCACAUCAGCAAUUUGCUGCUCAAAAUGAUCCAGCCUAAUUUUACGAAACUUGCAAUCCAAAGAACCCAUUUGGAAGGCAUAUUCCGAAGCUUGCAUUCCAAAAUCCACACCAGUAAUGAGGAGAUCGCACUCAUGAAGGGUCAGUCUACAGAGCUCUGGAAUUUGGAUUACAAAUUCUACCAACUUGCUAUUUUCCUCAACCGAGAGCUCAAACUGCAUUCCAUUUACGAUUUCGCUACCACUUUCGUGAUCAAAUAUACUUGGGGAGCGGCUGGUCUUGCACUUUGUUCCAUCCCCAUUUUCUUCCAAAAGCAGCAUAGUAACGAUAUUACAGCUGAUUUCAUAACGAAUCGUAGGCUGCUGUUAACAGCUUCUUCUUCAGUUGGUAGGUUCGUCCAAUUGAAGAAAAGCGUUCAGCAGCUGAGAGGUGUGUCUUUAAGGUUGAGACAAUUCGAUAACAGACUUGAGGUUCCAGGAGGUUCAUUAGGUGUGGAGAACAACGACUCUUUAAUCGAAUAUGAUGAUUCAAAGAUUCAAUUUAUCAACAUUCCUCUCGUUACUCCGACUUUCCAAGUUUUAAUUCCAGAACUAAACUUUGAACUGCGCCAUGGCGAUCAUUUACUAAUCAUUGGACCCAAUGGUUGCGGCAAAUCGUCUCUUUUCAGAGUACUGGGAGGAUUAUGGCCAGUAAUGAAAUCCUUCACACAUCCAGAAAAGGAGUCCAAACUCAUUAUGCCACCUCGGGUUGGACCUAAUGGUGAGAAGCCCAUUUUCUACCUACCCCAAAAACCAUUUAUGGGCAACAAGUUCACGUUCCGCGAGCAGAUAAUAUAUCCAGACACUAUGGACAAAUUCGAUGCAAAAUACCAAGGAGACUAUGUGAAGGGGGACAAUGAUUUGAUUGAAAUUCUGCAUGUUUUGGAACUGGACGAUCUUCUAACGGAGAACAUGUCAAUAGUUAUGGCGUCGUCUGUGGAGACCAAUCAUAACGACGCAGAAGUUUCCAUCCAAGAUGCAUUUGAUGUUGUCAGAAACUGGGCCGAAGAGCUGUCGAUUGGUGUUCAACAACGACUUGCUAUGGCCAGAAUGUAUUACCACAAGCCCAAAUUCGCUGUUCUUGACGAAUGCACCUCUGCAGUAUCACCCCAAAUGGAACAAAAAAUGUACACCCACGCACAGGAGCUGAAUAUCUCACUCAUAUCUGUCUGCCAUAGGACGACUUUGUGGCAUUUCCACAAUUGUCUUUUGAAAUUCGAUGGGAAAGGCUCGGCUAUGUUUGGUCGCUUUGACCCCCAGCAAAGACUUGGGGACGAGGAAAAGUUGAUCGAAUUAAAUGCCAGACUUGAGAAAGAUGUUCCAUUGUGGAAAAAGCGACUACAAGAACUCUUAAUCGCCAGGAAGUCAAGCAUUUUAAGAAAAUCUCAGACCAACUUGGCUUCGCUCAGUUCUAGACGUAACUUGCUUCUUUCGCCAAAGGCAGUUGAAACUUGA